AUGGAACAAAGGAAAAAUAACAACAUGCCUAUAUUACAGAAUACACAGCUAGGAUGGGUUUUUGGAGGUAAUAUUCCGUAUGUAGAAUCAAAGACGAGCAAAACUAUUUCUUGCAUAACAAUUAACGAGUCUUUGGAAAAUGCUUUAACUAAAUUUUGGACAGUCGAAGAAUGCGACAACGAGAGAAUUCUUACUAAAAAUGAAAUUUUUUGUGAAGAACAUUUUUUGGAUAAUGUCAAGCGGACUCCAGAGGGUAGAUUCAUUGUGGAAUUUCCAUUUAAGGAAAAUGUAAUCAAUUUAGGACAUUCUGACGAGAUGGCAUUGAAUCGGUUUCAUGCAUUGGAGAGACGUCUAAACAGAGAUAAAGUUUUGAAAAAUGAUUACUGCGACUUUAUGAAAGAAUACAUCGAACUAAGUCAUAUGCGCAAAUUGGAAGUUUUCGAUAUAAACAAGAAAUGUCUAGACGGCUACUUUCUUCCUCAUCACGCAGUAAUAAAAAACACAAGUAUAACCACAAGAACUCGAAAUGUCUUCGACGCGUCAGCUAAAUCUGACAACGGGAUUUCGCUGAAUGAUGUUCAGUACGUCGGACCUACACUACAAGAUGAUCUUUUCUCCAUAUUAUUGGGAUUCAGACAACAUAAAUUGUCUAGGGGUCUAUUUUGGGCCCCCUUCUAUACGUAA